GUACUCUUUAGAUAAUGACGAUGGGUACCAGUUCAACCAAUCGUGAGAAAAGUUUGUUUAGCCGGGCGCGGGAGUGUCAUCAGUGAAAACGGUCCUCUGGGUCAUGUCGAAACGAUUUUGAUUGAGAACAUUGGAUCUCCUCUACUCUCAUGUCCAGAUACAUGUAAGCAGUCUCAGAUGUCAGUUGUAAAAGAUGGGUGAUUCUACCGACAACAUCCCUGUCAUUGACUUCAGUGCCUUCAAGCUGUCACUGGACAAACCAGACUAUGACAGCGAGGCUUUCAAGAAGUUGGUGCAAAGUGUCCAUCAUGCGUUGACGACCAUUGGGUUCUUUUACAUUGUCAAUGCUGAUUUCCCACCAGAGAAGCUGGAGCGCAUGUGGAAGGUUUCCAAGGACUUCUUUCAUCUGCCAGCUGAGAUCAAGAACAAGUACCCCCGCAACCCCAAGGAGAAUCAUGGCUACGUCCAUAUGGAACGAGAGAAACUGAAUCCUGACCGUCCUCAUGGUGACCUCAAAGAACUCUUCAACUAUCACCCAAUGACAGCAGAGGAUAGUCUUUGGCCAACUGAAACAGAAUGUCCAAACUUUAAGUCAGUACUAUCAGACUUUUGGGAUCCUUGCCUGGCACUGCAUCAGAGAGUGCUGGAGGUCAUGGGUCAUGGUCUGCAACUUGAGGAUCCCCUAUUGUUUGUGAAGCACCACGUCAAGUCUUAUGAGAACAGCGGCACCACGCUGCGCACCUUGUACUAUCCCGCCUUCAAAGAUGUGACCGUGAAGGAGGAGCAGGCACGCUGUGGAGAACAUUCAGACUAUGGUGGCAUCACUUUACUCUUCCAGGAAAGGCCAGGACUAGAGGUACGGACCCGCAAAGGUGACUUCAUGCAAGCGCAGAUGGUAGAGGGCGGUAUUCUGGUGAAUAUUGGUGACCUUAUGCAGAGAUGGACUGCAGACAAAUACCUGGCUGUGAAACACCGCGUGCUUCUGGACACGACAUCAGAGGAGAGUGUCAAGCCUCGCCAGUCCAUCGCGUUCUUUGGCCAUCCAGACUACGACGCCCUCAUCGAAUGCAUUGACGGCAGCAACAAAUAUGCACCUGUCAACAGCUUGGAUUACAUAAACAUGAGGUUUGGUUUAACAUACUAGUGUCUGGACCAAUGGGAUCGAAGGUUGCACCAAGGUCACGUGGUUACUUAGGCCUCUUCCAUAUUCAUAUUUUGAUUCUCUAGCUGGUCUUCAUGUCUGACAUGCUAGUAACCAAACAAAAGGUACUGCCAAGGUCAUGUGAUGAUCUUGGCUGCUUCCGUAUUCAUAUUUUGAUUCCAUGGUUUUCAUGUCUGACAUGCUAAUAACCAUUCAUAAAUACCUCAGACAGUUUAGCUAUUCCUAUUGGUCGAGAGCCCGUCACGUGGCCGGUCUUGAACUGAUGAUAAAGACAUGGCUAGCUGGUCUUAAACACUUUUCCAGUGUCACA